UGGCUGAAUCGUCGACAUCCAGUCGACGGAGCCAUUAAAUAAAAAAAAAGUAAAAAAAAUGUGACAGCUGAAAAAUAAAUUGUGAUAAAUGCCGUGGAGUGUAUUGUUUUGUUAUGAUACGAAUAGGUAUGAAUACAAGAUAAAUAAUGGAUUCGCAGCUCGUAGUUGAUGUUGUUUGCUCGCCAACAAUAACGUAUUCUAAGAAGAAACCUUUUACCACAGCUGAGAGAGAGUUGGUUAGAGAAUUAGUGCUGGAAAGGCCUAUAAUUGGAGAUAAGCGUAUACACGCUGAAAACAUAGUAUUAAAACAAAAAGCAUGGGAAGAUAUAGCAAACGUUUAUAAUAGUCGUCCAUAUGUCACACCUAGGAAUAGUAUUCAAUUAAAGCGAUGCUGGGAAAAUCUAAAACAACUACGGAAAAAACAGCUUUCAGAAAGAUUGAACAACAUUAGGCAAAUAGGGGGAGCUGUAGCAAAUGAAAAUUUGGAGAGAACAGAUGAUUUUUACAAAGAAGAUGAUAAUUUGGUCGAGAAUGAAAGUCAAAAUAAUGUUCAUGAUUAUCACACAGGACCAAUGUUGAAUGGACACACCAAUGAAGCACUUCUGAAGACUUAUGAAGAUAAAUGGCCUGAGAUAAUGCAUGUAGAUAUAAAAGAAGAAGAAAGUGAAGCAGACCUGAAACCUCCUGAGCUACAAAAUCAUAUACAAAGGCCAAAAAAAAGGCUCAAAAAAAUUGCUAAUCUAAAUGAAGCAAGAAUUAAGAGGACUAUGUUAAAUAUACAACAAGAUUUAGAGAUGCACAAGCUGAGGAUUCGGAGAGAGAAGUUACAAAUUGAACGCGAAAGGAAUCUCACCGCAUUUGAGAAACAAAUGCAAGAUUUACAAUUAGAAAAAAUGAAAAUCGAAAUAGAAUUACUGAAAGGAAAUAAAUAAAUAUAUAUAAGUACAAAAUACA